GCCACAACAGCUGGGGGAGGAUUUCCGAGUCCGUCACAGCGAAGAUGGUGGCAACUCCAGGCGUGUGGAUGUUCCGUUCCCCCGGAUAAGACGGUACAACAGCCGUAAGAGCCUCCUGGACCGGGGUCGAGUGUACUAAACCGGAGAAGCUAGCCUUUGAGAGAGGAUACAAAGGCGGGUUGGAAGACGACACAAACGAGCCUUUAACAGGCAAUGUGUGUGUGUUUGUUGGACAUAUGCAUGCCAGCAGAAACUAGAACCAUCUAGAACCGGAGCAGUGAUAAGAAGUCUGUUUUUUGACGCUUUUGGAUUUUUUUUUUAAACCAAGGAUAUAAGAUUUCCUCUUAUUUGCUUAUGGUUUUUUUUUCUUCGCCCAGGGGGAAAUGCGAAGGGAGGAAACGGAGCUCCAAAUAACCACAGUCCUCACUGGGUCUCCUCUCCAAAUUCAGGAAAUACGGCCUGGGAAAAAAAAAAAAGUUUGGGAGUUUUUUUUUUUUUUUUGCAAACAAAAUGGGUGCUACGGCUUGACGUGCACGACUUGAAUUGAAAGUAGUUAAUUUUUCACAAGCACCGCAUUUACUGGAGUGCAAUGCCACAUAACGGGGGUAAAGUGUUCACAUGUUAAAUACCCGGUUGUGUUGUUAUUGCAGAGACUUUUAAUCAUCAUUACUAUUUAUAGAGCAGCCUCGACCCCGGGCUGUUGCUCGUAUCUUGUAUGUUUUGCCAACUGUGCGCAACAAGUUGCAGACACUCCCAGCAGAGGCAAAGCGACGCUAAUUUGGGCCAGUGGAGGCUAUUUCCUGCGCUUGUCUUUUCGGAUUACACUCUCGGAAUAGCACUUACCCCUCCCCGGCCCUCUUUGGAAUACAGAGAGGGGGGACAAACGCAAGAGAUCCGGAGAGGGAGUUCAGGAAAGGACGGGGCUGGAUCCGUGGGAAUAGGCCUGCCUGUUUGCUGCUUCCCUGCCUGCCAGGCCUCAUAUGUACUGGCUGGAUUCUGGUCUUGGACUAGGCUCCGGAAUAACACUGUCAGGAAGAUUUGUAAGACCAAAGGUGGAAGAAGAGAAUGCAGGGAAAUCUAAGAGUUCAGUACAUUACAUGCGAAGGAAUGCACAAAGUCAAGUCAACAUUUUGAAGGUGUCAUUUGUUGCAGGGACUCUUGUGCAACCGGUGAUAGCCCACAUCUGGAUGUGCUCACACACAAUGCAGCCCUGGACCUGACAAACUGCGGACAAUAAGUCUGUGUGGAUUUUCUCGUCUGCGUGACUUUGUGAUGUCAACAACGCACUCCAUCGGAGUCCAUUUCCAGUUUUGACGUCAGGUGAUCAGGACCCCCUUGCAAGUCACUUCCGAGAAAGAUGAAAGUCAGACGGAGAAGUGACUGUUGUUUUGCUGGAAAGAACCCCGGACUCAAACCCAGAUGCUCUUUGCAGAAUGAUGCAUGUAAUGUGAGCGAUGACGUAAAUCCAGAGUCUCAUCAUGAGCGGCUCGCUAAACUGGAACGGCGCGUCUGGAGCGAGUGAGUGUUCCAGCUACUGCGUGCGUAGCAAAGACAAAGUCUGCGUCUUGUGCAGUCUACUAUCAGUGUGAUUAUUCCAGCAAAACCCCCCCUCGUCCCCCCACGUGGACAUCCACCUAUCACAACGGGGGCCACAUGUGAACACGCGGCGCCCACGCACCCUCGUCUUAAUUGCCUGAGCACUAUCCAUCAGAAGCUAUUAAUAUUUAACUCCUCUCCAGCGUCAAUAUGGCCACGCUGCGAGAUCAUCAACAGCUUCACAUGCACGGCACGCAAGUGAGCUGCAACUCCAGCGGGGGCCGUGAUGUGACCGUGCAGAUCACCGACAACAUGCAGUCGACCGCCAGUGUCGGAGCGGGCGCCAGAAGCUGCGAAGAUAGGAGCAAAGUGAACCUUAACCUCCACAAAUACAGUAUUUCCUCCAGCUGCAGCUCCGCCGACUCCAGAAUUGUAAUGACAUCCACGACGAGGGUUCACCGGAAAGCGCCGCCACUUUUCGAACGCUCCGCUGCGCAGUGCUGGGACCCCAAGUUUGACUCCACGAUCCUGGAAGAAGCGUGCCAGGAGAGGUGUUUCCCUCAAACUCAGCGGCGUUUUCGAUAUGUACUGUUCUACCUAGCAGUGGCAGCCGUUCUCUGGGCGGUGUACUUCAGCGUUAAUAGCGACCGCUGCCCACCCAUGAACUUCGUAGCCCCCACGGCCUCCUUUUUGGUCCUUUUAGCGCUCCUUUUUUUGUUCACUUUAACAAAGUACUACACACAGCUGUACAACCAAACCUCCUUGUUCUUGAUUGCAGUCACCUUCGCUAUAACCUUGGCACCCCAGAUACAGACUGCAGGCUACACCGAGUUGGAGUGGGCUCACCGUGUUAAUGCAUCGUACCAAUUUCCAGACGCCCCCGCAUCGCCGUGCAUCUCCCCGGUGGCAACAUUUUCUCUGUGUAUAGAAGUCCUCUUAUUGCUAUACAGUGUCCUCCACGUACGACUCUAUGCCUCAGUCAUGCUGGGCUUCUUAUACUCCAUUUUAUUUGAGGCGUUAGGGUGGCUGCCGUUACUUCACAGAAGCGACGUUUCCACCGAAUGGGGGAGGGAUUUAGGGGGUUCCAACUCCAACUGGGAAACGGACACUCUGCACUGGCUCGGUCCAGCCAAAGCGCUGCUCCACUUGUGCGCCCACAUUAUCGGAAUCCACUUGUUUAUUAUGUCAGAAGUGCGUUCCCGUAGCACUUUUCUCAAAGUAGGACAAGCCAUAAUGCACGGUAAGGACCUCGAAGUGGAGAAGGCCCUGAAAGAGCGUAUGAUCCACUCGGUCAUGCCUAGACGUGUCGCAGAUGAGUUAAUGAAGCAAGGUGACGACGAGGGCGGUGGGAGCGAGAACUGCAGCAAGCGUUAUUCUUCCGGUGCAUGUUCCGCCUCGGCUGUUUCAGUGGGAGGAGGCGGAGGAGGCGUUUGUGGCGCUUCGCCACCCCAAAGUACCACGAGCCCCAAGAACCACCCUCAUAACAACCACAAACGGAAGAAGACCUCCAUACCGCGGGGCCAGAUAAUAUUUCGACCUUUCAACAUGAAACGUAUGGAACCUGUUAGCAUCCUCUUUGCAGAUAUAGUGGGCUUUACAAAAAUGUCUGCCAAUAAGUCCGCACCCGCUUUGGUCGGACUUUUAAAUGAUCUCUUCGGACGCUUUGACCGUCUUUGUGAGCUAACCUGCUGUGAGAAGAUCAGCACCCUGGGUGAUUGUUAUUACUGCGUAGCAGGCUGCCCUGAACCCAGACCGGACCAUGCCUACUGCUGUGUCGAGAUGGGUCUCGGCAUGAUCCAGGCCAUCGAACAGUUCUGCCAAGAGACAUGUGAGACCGUGAGCAUGCGUGUCGGCGUCCACACCGGCACCGUGCUGUGCGGUAUUUUAGGAAUGAAGCGCUUCAAGUUUGACGUCUGGUCGAAUGAUGUCAAUCUGGCAAACUUGAUGGAGCAGCUCGGCGUGGCAGGGAAGGUCCACCUCUCGGAAGCCACCGCUCAAUUCCUGGAUGACCGUUACCAGCGUGAGGACGGACGAGUGGUGCAAAGAGCCGGCGAGAGUGUCGUGGAGAAACUAAAGGGGUUAAAAACCUACCUGAUAUCGGGAAGGAAAUGGGGACAUGAUGUACUGUGUGGCUGUUCUCAGCGGGGAGGUGAUUUUGUUGGACUGAGCGUGUCGUCCUGUCCUCAGAGCCAUACCCCGGACGUCAUCCUUGGGGGAGGCCAAGUUGCUGAACCCUUGCUGCCCAACCAACCACCAGACAGGACCGGGCCUCAUUUUGCAUCCCGGAGUGAGGUCAUGCCUUCAGUGACCGAGCAGGGCGAUGAGGUGGCAGUGCUGAACGGCUGCCAGGAUGAGCGCAAGACUACCAGUGCAAAGUUCUUUCCCAGUAGCAGCCUUCGGACGGCCAACGGUCUCCUCUCCCCCCCACUGGAUGCUGCGGCACGGGCAAGCCAGAGCUCUUUGUGCGACAUGCUCCAGGACAAAGAGAAGAAGACGAGCACCAGCACAAUGACGGGUACCAGCGGGGGCAUGGCUGUUGGCCCUGGAAGCGGGGGUACCGGCAUGGAGCACUCUGCCCUGAUUCAGCUGCGUGCUAAGAACUUUCGAGAAAAGAGUGACGCCCACUUUGUGGAUGUUAUCAGAGAGGACAGUCUGAUGAAGGACUAUUUUUUCAAACCACCCAUCAACAAGAUCAGCCUCACCUUCCUAGAGAGACCACUGGAGAAAGCCUAUCGCAGCAGCUACAAGGAUGAGGUGAAAAACCAGGUUCAGGAGCAGACCUUUGCAAGUUGCACGUUCAGCUCCUUCCUUGACGUUCUGCUCAGCAGUUUUGUCUUCUUGGCUCUCACCCUGGCAUGUUUCCUUCCCCCGCUGGUGAGCUCAGCCACUGUGGGCCCUCCGGCGUCUGCAGCACUGGCUGUGGCUCCUCUAGCCGGCCUGUUGGAGGUAGCCUCGUUGGUGCUGUCAAUACGUAUGGCGUUCUGCUUGGAGGAAGUCAUGAACUGUACCCGCUCCCUUCUUUUGGUGGUGUCUGGCUGGCUGGCUCGUCAUGUGAUCGGAGCUGUAUUAGUCUCCUUACCGGCCAUUUCCGUCUUGUCCCACAUUACUUUUGGUGUCCAGCUGCCUCUGCAGCUGACAAUGUUCUUGUGCUGUGCCACCAUCCUUGCCAUCAUUCAGUACUGUAACUUCUGUCAGCUAAGUUUUUGGAUGCGGUCGGUCCUGGCUACUGCUACUGGGGUCACCCUGUUGCUGUUGCUUUACAGCACCUUGCACAGCUCCAGUAAUAACAGCUUGCCAGUUCAUGGACUGAACAUCUCCGCAUUAAGUGACGGUGGUUCAUCAGACGCUGACGUUCCUCCACGACCUCACGAUCUCCUGCUGCCAGAAGCGGUUCUUGCCUUCUUUCUGCUUCUCCUCUUGGUCUGGUUUCUCAAUCGCGAGUUCGAGGUCAGCUACCGGUUGCAUUACCAUGGCAACGUGGAGGCUGACAAGCACCGAUCCAAGAUCCAGAUGAUGCGGGACCAAGCCGAGUGGUUACUGGGCAACAUCAUCCCCAUCCAUGUUGCUGACCAACUCAAGGUGACGCAGAGCUACUCCAAAAACCAUGACAGCGUUGGCGUGAUCUUUGCCAGUAUUGUCAACUUCAGUGAAUUCUACGAAGAGAGCUACGAGGGAGGCAAAGAGUGCUACCGGGUCCUCAAUGAGCUGAUUGGAGACUUUGAUGAGCUCCUACGAAAACCUGAAUUCAAAAGUGUGGAAAAAAUCAAGACUAUCGGCGCCACCUACAUGGCCGCAUCCGGGCUGAAUGUUCAGCAGUUGUCGGAGAACGAAGAGGACCGUCCUCACGCUCACUUGAGGGCGCUGUUCAACUUUGCGUUGGAGAUGAUGGGCGUUCUGGACGACUUCAAUAAGAACAUGCUGGGAUUCGGUUUCAAGCUACGCAUCGGAUUCAAUCACGGGCCGUUGACGGCGGGGGUGAUCGGCACCACGAAGCUGCUGUAUGACAUUUGGGGCGACACGGUCAACAUUGCCAGUCGUAUGGACUCCACCGGCGUGGAGUGUCGGGUGCAGGUGAGCGAAGAAAGCCACGCUGUGCUCAGCGCCAUGGGUUUAGAGUUCGAUUACAGAGGUACUGUGAAUGUGAAGGGCAAAGGCCAAAUGAGGACCUUUCUGUAUCCGAAAAACGGGGAAUGUAUGAGCCAAGAUCAAACGGAGGUCAGCGCCAGGGUCAGACCGUCACCUGUCACACCCCGUACUUCCGUAAGACCCAAGAUGGUCCCGGCUCCAUCCACGGAGGCGAGGAAAGAAGCAUAUAGGGACGCUCCUUCUGCCAAAGACUGUCACUUCCCUUCCGCCACCUCUGAACUUGUCUUACCACGCGGAGGUCCGCAGCCCCGCGCCCCUCAGGAGGACGCUGACGAGCUAACGAGACUCAAUGACGAAUUCUACGCUCGUCUCUGAUCCUUUGCCCUGAGCUGCUAACACUCCCUGGUUGUUUGCCGGUCCAGGCAGGAGUUGGCUUCCUCCCCGGCAAGUUAUGAAGAAAAGGAACAUGGUUGACGUCGAAGAGGAAAAAAAUGACUACUUGUUUAUUGUUGAAUUUAAGUGUUGCAGCGGACCGAACCUGUGUUGAACACAGGAGAGAAGAAGGUUAAAAAGUGGCAAGGCGGGGUGUUGUUCAUUUUUUUUUGUACUUUUCACUUUUGUGCCUUCAGGACUAGAACAGAACAAAUAUGAAUACCGAACAAAGUUUUAGCAAUCUUUACGUGGCUUUUUUUUUGCCCCCGUGACAUUUAGACUGCUGAAUUCUCUGUGGUUUCUUAUGCUUUUUACUUUUCAAUGCAAGGAUUUCUUUUUCUUCCAAAAAAAAAAAAAAAUCAUUAUUGUUGUAUGUUGAUUUUGAUCUUACUUAAGGGGAAAAUCAUCUUAGAUUAAUCAAGUGCCAAUGCAGCGUUUAUAGGCUGAGCAGGGAAUUAUGGAAAGAAUGAGGGAAUGACAUGAAGCAGUGUUAACGUUCUCUAUGUAUUCUGCUUUGACAUGAGGACUACAGUAUUCACAAUAUAAGAGAAUUUGCUACAAUUUGAUUUUGUUGUAAAUGCACAUUUAAGCACAGGUCUUGCACAAUGUUUUUUUUUUUUUCUCAACCACUUGUAUUUAGAGGUGAGAUAUAGCAUUAACAUUAUAUUUCUGUCACAGUACAUUCAAAAGCACAACAUUAAAUCUUAUAUCAAUUUGGAACAAAAUAAAAAAAAAAAGGGAGAGCAUCACAAAACACAGGAAGGCACUUUAACUAGACUUGAUACUGUGACCCAAGAUCUUUGCGAUCGUGUUCUUUUUAGGCAUGACAAGUAUAGAAUUGAUAAAUGUGUCUUUGCACACAUUGAAGUGAUGCUUAGUUCAAAGGUCACACAGCAAAGUCGGCUGACUAGAGCGCCCCGUGGAGUGGAAUAGUAAGUAAAUCAAGUGGCACCGUGCGGGACAAUCAGUGUAUAGGUCUUCAAAGACAAAGUUGGUUCACAUCGGAACUUCAAAGCACAGAACUUUCAUUUGUUGCCUAAGCCAAAAAAAAAAAAACCCACAUUGGUCAGUCUGUCAGCUAUAUUUAUUGACGAUUUCAGUAUUUUUUUUUUUUUUUUUUACCUUCAUCGUUGUUUGAUUUGGUUGUUAAAAGUGUGGGUCGGGGGGCUCUACUGUAUGGAUAGACUUAGUACCGUGCCACUUUAAUUGUGUGACCUUUAGGUGCAGUGCAACCGAAACCGGCUGAUUGUUUUGUGUUGCCUAAAAGUGUGAGUGUAUUUGUGGGUAGUUUGCUUUUCAGAAUGUAUGGUAUCGAUGCUGACAAUAGGCAAUUGUGCUUUUCACCCAAAUGAAUUACCUUUGAUAAAUAAAUAGUUUAGCGUAUUGCGUCUUUAAUCAGUUCCUCUGAAUGCACUUAGUUCAUUUGCGUGUUCCUUAAAAGUCAAAAAAUGCCGAGUUGUGUUGACAAAAAAAUAAUAAUAAUACAGUAUCCAUCAGUGUUUGACCCACGGUUAAUUGUGACAUUAUUUCCUGUAUGACAGUUGAGACAACUAUCUCCACAGGAUAAAUAAAGAGCCAAUGGAAGUCACACAAAGUGCUUUACGGGUUCAAAGACCAUUUGUGUCAACUUUGAUGUGUAACCCACUUUCUUCAUUACCAAAUGCUAACAUCAGCGGCUGAGGUCAUUCUGUAUCAGCUAAGUUAGCAUUGUUGCAGCAUAUGUCAAAACAUUUAUAUGUUCAAACCCUUUCAUAUCUUGGCCAGCUUUGUUGUUUUUGGAUUAUAUUGGUGUUAUUUGUGGAAAAAAAGUACCCAUUUUAAAUGCAAUGUAUAGGGUUGAUGAGGGUGGAUAUAGGGAAAAAGAGUUAUUUCACUCUUUUUGACAAAUGUGUUUAAUUAUAAGAAUGUAUUGGGUUCAACAAGCAGGAUUCUUCACAUGCUUUGCUCAUGUAGAGGACAGUGUAUUGAUUGUUAAUACUUGUAUCACAAGACCUUUUUGAGGUUUGCAGAGAAAGUGAAGCGGCCCUCGUCAACGUUUUGUUGAGCCAGAAAAAUUAUUUGAAAUUUUUACUAGCACUUCACAACACAAUCUGUCAAAUCAACAUGGGCAUAAACCAGACUGUAAAAUCAGUGUUUGUUUUUUUUUUUUUUAAGUAGACUGGGGUAAAAAAAAAAAAAAGAAAACUGUUUGACAACAAUGCUUAUUCCUUUAUGCGUUGGUUUAAUGCUCAUAAGAUGUAUUAUGUAUGUUUUGUGCACAUUACCCGUUAUCAUAUCAACACAUGUUCAUAAUCUGUACACAUUUGCACAAAACACUCAAAUGUUUGUACAUAUGCAGUUAAUGUCACGUAAUUAUGUUUUUUAUACAUGUGCAUGUGUCCGAUUUUGUCCAAAAACUAUGAAAAUGAGACACUUAUUCUCAGAGCUGAUUCAAUGUGUGCCUAUUUGAGUUUGUGUUAUGAUUUUUAUUACUCUUUAUUUUUCAGUAUGAUUGAAAUAAACCUCCAAACAGAAAAAUAGUUGAG